GGCAGCUGGCAUCAUAAUUCUAAACAGCUGAGUUAUUAGCCAUUAAAAGACGAGAAGAAAAAGGGCAGAAAAUAUCUGCAAAAAGGCAAGGAUUGUUGGAAAAUUGCAAGAAAAACGAACGAAUUAAUACAAAAUUCAAUGUUUUUUUAAACGCUUCAUUGCGCGUGUGUUGGUUAUUUCGAGCGUGCAUGAGAGGCGUGAGUAAUUGUAAGCAACGAUAGCAAACACAGGAGCCAGUGACGCCAUUUUCUGUGCGAAUUAGCAGAAAAAAAAAUCAGAGCAGGUGGGGCGAAGCAGACGCAACGGCAACGCCGCGUGACCAAUAGCAGAGCACAGAAGAGAACGGGAACACACACACAGGCAUUCAAUGAGUAGUCUAAUCAACUUUCUCAAUCCGAAACUUAAACCCUCUGUGGAAUGCGAUGCUGUCUGCGAGGAUGGCUAUACAGCUGCCAAUCUCAUAGCCGACGAUGCGGAGCAGAUGGAGCGAGGCUUUAUGUGCUUUCAAGUCUGCAAGCCGCCCGUUGAGAUUGUCUUUGAUUUUCCCAAAGCUAUCGAUCUGAAGGUGAUCAAACUAUGGCCCAGCUCUGGUGCAUUGCGUUCCACUGGCUUCGAGGUACAUGGCAAGUACGACGGCAUUUGGGAGCGCGUUGCCUACGUGCGUGACCUUCCCAAGGGUAUGGACUCUGUUACCUUUUGCUAUCAAAGCGAUUAUAACUCGCGCAGCAGUGCCGCAGCCGCACAGCAGCAGAGCGAGAAAGUGUUCUUCUUCAAGACGGCCCACAAGAUACUGGGCACCACGAACAGCGUGAAGAUUGUGAUUCGUGCCACCGAACGCUGUCCUCCGGUACUGCGCAAGAUACAAAUGUGGGGUCUACCGGCUCGCAGCCUGGAUAAAGCUGAUCGUGAGCUAAUGAAAACCAUAUGGAGCGAGGUAAGCGAUCCGUAUGGACUCAGGGACCAAGCACAGCAGCAACAGGCAGGCCAGCGUUCGCCUUCGCGUCACAUUCCCGAACUGCGCGAACAAUCGAUGCUGGAGAUACCAGAGGAGUUUCUCGACUCAAUCACCUGGGAGUUAAUGAUAUUUCCCACGGUGCUGCCAUCCGGCAAGGUUGUCGACCAAUCCACUAUAGAUAAGCACUCGGAGGAGGAGGCCAAAUGGGGUCGCCUGCCUUCUGAUCCGUUCACGGGACUUGAAUAUACCUCACAACGCAAAGCAAUACUAAACCUGGCGCUCAAGGCGCGCAUCGAAAAGUUUCUAAUGGAGCACUCGGAGCAGUUUAAAUCAGUGCCGCGUUUACUGGGCAGCUCGCGAAUGCGUCGUCGCCACGCAUCUCAGAUUGCCAGCCACAUGUGCCUGCCGGGCAGCAUGGCAGUCGGCACCUAUUCCUCAUUAAGCAGCGUCUACAAGCACCAGCAGCACCAGCGCAAGACCAAGUCAACCGUCACUGCCACGGCCACAUCGGCAUUCUCAGGUUCCCUUUCGCCGACCUCGCCGCCAGCUGCCAAGCGGCCGCGACACAGCUACUCAACGUAUACAGUUAGCUCUACUGUUACCGCAGCUAGCAGCGCCAAUCAAACGCCGACAACGUCAGCGGCAGCGGGCCCAACAUCUUCCAUUGACCAGGCGUUACAGCAGACCUUGCAGAAGAUCACCCGCUACACGCAAGUGAGCACGGUUCUGCAGCAGCCACCCAGCUGCAUUAACUGCCGCAGCGGCCAGUUUGCCUACGAGAUACGCACUUGUCGUCAUCUGGUCUGCCGCGAGUGCCUCGUCAUGCUGUCGACGGCCCAGCAGUGCGUCUGCAAAGUCACUUUUCGCGGCGUUGACGUGGAGCGCUAUCACAAGCUACCGUAGUCGUGCCUGCCCAUACAAAAUAGUCGUAUUCUAGUGCUUCAAUAUACUUAGGUUCGUUUGUAAGAAUUUUUGUUGCCAAUCUUCAAUCUUCGGAUAGCAGCGGAGUGGAGCCGAGCGGAGCGGAGCGUCGUAUAUGUCGUUCUGUCUCUCUUGUCUCCUUUCCUUUUUUUUUUUUUUUAAUUUGU